AUGGAGUGCGUUCGCCAAGAAGCACUUUCCGGCAUCGUGAGCAUCGUCGUGUGCACGCCGAGAAAAUACAUCGGCCUUGGGAAUAUCGACGAGCAAUGGCUGGAGCGAACCGAGAGGUUCGGCAAGGCCCUGAAAAUUUCGUGCUCGCAAGUCAUCGUGUUGGCCAAAGUCGAUCUUCGUGCGAUUAGGGGUAGCUGUGCCAGGGUAGCACGGGACGGGGGUGGUUCCUUCUAUCACGAGGAUCGAGAUGAGCGAUCUACAGGCCACCCUCGAGUUCUCCCUCGAGCUCUGCAAGUUCUACAAUGUCGAUCUCUUCCAACGCGGGAGAAAUUUGAUCGAGCCUAUCGAGAAUACUUUGUGUCUCUCUCUCUCUCUCUCUCUCUCUCUCUCUCUCUCUCUCUCUCUCUCUCUCUCUCUCUCUCGUUUAGUCUUGAUAUUUCAUUUCUUAUAUGGGCAUCGCGUGAGCCCUCGCGAUCAUUUCUCGGACUGUCCGAGAAAUUCUCACUCGUAUCACGCGAACGUAUCCUCGCUGAAUCCGUUCACCCCGAUCGAUCGAUCUCUAUAUACCCGAGGCGAGCGACGAGCGAAUUCGAUGGAGAGGCACGCACCCGUUGUGUUGCAGACUCCCUGGAGGCGCCGGGUACGAGUAAGCGCUUUCAGAUCCUCUACAGGAACGAGGAGGUGACACUCGGCACUUCCGUACUAUUCCGGGCGCAUGUGCUCGUGCAUAGUCACAAGAUUGAGGAGGCCCUGUCGCGCACCCACUUUAAUCUAGGCGUCGAGCUAUGGUUCAGCGAGCCAACGCAGCCGGGCAACAUGGCUUGCGUGUCCUCGAGGGCGUUACAGUUGAACUUCACACCCACGAAGGGCCUUCACUAUCAUCUGCCGGUGCUGUUCGAUUACUUUCACCUUGCCGCGGUGUCCAUCACGAUCCACGCCUGUCUCGUGGCCCUUCAUCAACCCUUCAUCAAGAAGGGUAUACUGCACGCAGUGCAGAGUUGCGCGCCACGAAACGGAAAACCCUGGCUGCAAUUUAAGCAAUCCGCGACGAACGGUGACAGCAACGCGACGACCUUUGGAAAUAUCGAGACCACCACGAGAUGCGUCGGCUCGACGACGAGGUUACAGCACGCGAGAUUAGUCCAACAAGAGGUCACGAGGCUGCUUCUAGCUGCAAGGGAGUCCUUACUCAACGAUUUGUCCGACUUGGCACGACUUCUCCCUUCUUGGCAACAAAGGGCGCUCGAGCUCGCACAGAAUACGCACAAAGAGAUCACGAAGUUGAUGGACACCGAGGAGGCUGACGUAGCCCAACUCUGCGCACAAAAUAUCGUUCUCUGGCAGCAUUUCCUGGAAGCGUUCUCCGGCCGAGAAGCGGUUCAUCAGCAUUUAGCACGAAUUCAUCAUCAACUAAGAGUGAAGCGAUUCGCAGAAGGCUUCUUCGUAUUAGAAAAUCCAAGAACAUCGGCGGCGGGCUGCUACGACGCGAACUAUCAGUCUUAUCAAGCGGUAAGCGAGGCUGCGCGAAGGUCGCGUUAUCUCGCGUCAUUGCCACCGUUACCUGUUCACUGUCCCGAAUUGGACGGUGAUCUUCACUCGUUGCCUUUGAUUUUCGAAGAUCAGUACGCCGAUAUGCAGCAGAGACACAGAAACAGUGUUCCCAGCAUAGACGACUGCAGUUGCGGCAUAGCGGCAAUUCUGGAAUCGCGCUCCAUGGGUAUCUGGUCACCCAGGAGCGAAGGCGCGGCUCAGGACAUCGGUUCGAUCCAGGGCCGCCUUAUUCUAACGCCUUCCACACUUCCGGCGAGGCACAGCAAGUCGCUCGAUCAGCUGGGCCCCGAGCUAGCGGCACCUCAGCAGCCGAAAACGUCGCCGAAAACUCUGCCCAGGGGGAAAUCCAGGUCGACAGUGCCGUCCAUUAGCACCCUCUUCCCGCCCUCAGGUCAGCAGGCGUGCUCCGCGCCGAACCCGUCUCUUGGUUCCACGCCAGUGAUACCUCUGCCUCGAGCCAAGUCUACGCAGAUGCUGGUGCCGAACCGGCAACAGCAACAGCAACAACAGUCCCAGUAUCAGUACUCUUCCAUUAGUUCACUGCUGGCGGUGAUGUUCCCGGAAUUGCCGCCCGGCGGGCAUCUUCCCGGUUAUCGACCUUCGUCCAAAUCCUGCGAUCAGAAUCUUGCUGUGCCAACGUGCGUGGGCGCUUUAGACCUUAGUCAAUUUCCCGAUUGCUUGACAGAAAGCAAGUCGACAAAUACGGUAGAAGAUUAUCACUCUCUCGAUACCAGAAGAAUACGGCUGGAGCCACGAAGUCAUCGCCUAGGAACUCGCCAACCGCUGCCAACGACCACAAACGACCAAAGUAGCUUUCUAUCCGCCAAGGCGAACGUAAACGGCGAUAGUUUUUUGCAGGAGCCACAACCGCUGCACACAGCGACGUUGGACAGAGUGACUUACCGAGGAAAUUCAAAAAAGUCCGGUGGACAUCAAUCAGGUGGCAAGUACAGUCAGACAAACAGCGUCGAGAGCCGUAGAUAUCAUACACUCGGCAAAACAUCGAUGGCACAAAGAAGUCGCCCAGAGAUACCAGAGUGUAUGAAUGGCGGUGGUGGUGGUGCGCUAACCAGCAGCCAUCUGUACCUGGUGGAUUCUACGAGCAAGAAAUCCAAUUAUUACGCAACCACGGACUCGUUGUUUUAUCGUACAAACGGAAGGACGCGCGAUGAGGUGGACAAGCCGAAGAGGCCGAAGAGCACGGAACGUCUGCUCGAUGAUGUCGAGCGUAACGAAUACUGCGAUUUCCGGCGAGAUCGACCGACUCGAAGAAGAGCGGAACGAUCGGUCAAGUCGUCGCCUCGCAAUGGUGUUAAUCAAAAUUAUAACGAAGAGAAGCAACGACGCGGUCAAACCGAAAAGAAGAACGCAGAGACGAUACAAGAACCGAUUUACGAGGUAAUAGCCCUGAAACCGGAACCGAAGAAAGAGUCCCGCGAGAGAAAGAAGGACAGACACAGCAGAAGACCGCAUUCAGCGCCUGUCCUCGAUGUAGAUCACCCGGUAGAGGAGAGCGAUCACAAAAAUGACAGAAAGUGCGGUCACAAGAAUAGGAAACCAGCACCGCCACCGCCGGCGUAUCAAGAUCCAGCUGUCGCUCCGUUGCCCAAACACCGUCACCCCUCCUCGACGCCUGCAACGAGCGUCCUGGAAGUGGAGAAUAAUAAUAAAAUUAUCCUGAAGAUGGAGCCUAUAAAAUCACCCAUGGAGGCACCGGCAACCAACGGCGCGACGCCGUCGGACGCGUCAAGCUUUGGGGCGCCGCCGCCGAACGUAAAGAGAUUGCGAUGCGCCAGCGUGCCAGUGGCGCAGAACAAAGUGGUGGUGCCCCGUAGCGCGGUCUCUCUGCCCUGCAUGCCGAUACGCGAUAGCAAGGACAACCUGAGCAACAACCUGCCGAUCAUACCGAAUCUUCUCAGUCCACCGUCCACCAGGCCCAGCAGUCUCACGCCAAGCUCGAGCUCGAGCAAUCUCACAUCGGAAUGUUCAGGUUGGGUCAGCAGCGGCGACACCUCCAGCUCGGAGCAGCGUCGCAAUCACGCCAAGCUCUCGAGCGAGCAGCUGCGGCAGAAGCUGUCCAAAAUCGUAUCGCGCAAGGAUCGUCCUACCGUGACGAAGGAGUGUUCCGUGGAGGAACACUCGUACGAGGAGGUGCGCCUACCACCGCCGAAGAUGUUUCAGGAUGAACCGCCACCUCCCGAGGAGUUUCGCGAUCCACCGGCGCCGAUCGACAAUCCGCUCUAUCACGUGUACGAAACGGUGAAGCAGACCAGGAACAGCCCGAAACAGAACAAAACAGCACCCUGUAGUCCGCAACGAAACCGGGAUCGAGACAGAGAGAACGCUUACGCCGCCAGAGAUAUCUGCCUUGACUGUUAUCAGGAGGGCAAGGAGUUGUUGCAAUCUACGCAGGAUGACUUCAUCAAUUUCAAAAAAUGUAAAGAAGAGUUCAAAAGGCAGAUGAGCUUUUCCGGAAAGAUUUAUAGAGAACGCGAGGAAGCACAGUCGCAUUUACAUAAACGUGCCCGUUCCCUCGGAUACGGUGAUCUUCUGAACUCUUCGCCGUCGGUUCAACCAUUAAGAUCCAAUGUGCCUCUUAGUGACUACCCGAGCCUGGCCUCGACCCUGCCGUACUUCCACAUCAGCGACGAGUACCGAGUCUUAUCGCCGGAAGGUGCGCACCUUAUCAUAUGUGUCCAUGGUCUUGACGGUAACGCCGCGGAUCUCCGUCUCGUCAAGACGUAUCUGGAAUUGGGCCUACCUGGGGCGCACUUGGAUUUCCUGAUGUCCGAAAGAAAUCAGGGCGAUACGUUUUCCGACUUCGACACGAUGACCGAUCGGUUAGUGUCUGAAAUUCUCUAUCAUAUUGAAUCGUCGGGCCUGAAUCCGACGAAGGUGAGCUUCAUCGGGCAUUCCCUUGGGACCAUAAUAAUCCGGAGCGCCCUGACGCGACCGCAGUUGCGUCCGCUUCUUCCACGUCUACACACCUUCCUCAGCUUAAGCGGACCACACUUGGGCACUCUUUACAACACGAGCGGUUUGGUCAACGCAGGUAUGUGGUUCAUGCAGAAGUGGAAAAAGUCCGGAUCUUUAUUACAAUUGGCCAUGAAGGAUUCGCCGGACGUGAGGCGCUCCUUCAUGUUCCGUUUGAGCCAGAAGAGCAAUCUGCAGAAGUUUAAACACGUCUUGCUGUGCGGCAGCGCUCAGGACCGAUACGUGCCCUUGCAUUCUGCCCGAAUCGAACUCUGCAAGGCUGCCGUACGAGAUCCGACAGAUCAAGGUGCCGCGUAUCGCGAGAUGGUGCACAACAUUCUGUAUCCCGUGAUGUCGGCGUCCGGGGUCAGCCUCGUCAGGUAUGACGUACAUCACGCUCUACCGCCGACGGCAAACGCCCUGAUAGGCCGAGCCGCGCAUAUCGCCGUCCUCGACUCCGAGCUUUUCAUCGAGAAAUUCCUGCUGGUCGCGGGACUGAAAUACUUCAGAUAAGGAAAGGACAGUUCUAGCGCGCACGAAGAAAGGAAAUUAGCUUAGUAAUAUUGUCAGAGGGACAAGCAGGGGACGUGAACGCAGACUCGCAGAGGCGUCGCGUUCUCUGUGAUAUCUUCGACCAGCUCGUAACUACCGUAAAUUAUAGACACGUCCUGUCCAAUGUUGCCUCGCUUCCUCCACCCUCGCUCAGAUGUUUUUCUUCCAAAGGAACGAAAUGGAACCUCGGAAGCGGGGCAAUCCGAUCUUUUUUACGAAACGCGACGAGAACGCGUCGUCGUUGAUUUUUAGUAUCAAAACAUCAGGUUAGGUUUCUCACGACUUAGGUUCUCUCGACCUCGACUCAUAAUCACGGGCCGCGGAAGAGUCGCGCGCAUUUGUCAUGUCGGUCGAAUUUCGAAUUCAUUCCCAUAACACUGCGUCGAGAAUUCGCCCCCCGACAUUGGGCAUUCGAAUCGAACGGACCUGUAGCUCGCCGUGAAACGGACCUACUCUCUAAUGAUGGUGAUGGUGAUGGUGGUGGUGAUAGUAAGUAAUAGUAGUAGUAGUAGUAGUAGUAGUAGUAGUAGUAGUAGUAGUGCUCUCCGAUCAAGAGGAUGAGGGAAGAAGAGGAGGUAAAGAAACGUAAGAAAAAAAAUGCAAAAUAAUGCGGAAGUUAAGUACAUAUGCUUGAGAAACUUCAACCGUGUCAUACACUAUGUCGUCACUAUGAGUGAUGCAUGAGUGGUCGAAUGUACUUCAAAAAAUCUCACAUACUCGAGAAAAGAAAUUGAAACUGAUCAGCACGUUUGGCGGCCUAGCCCCGUAAAUAAAGCAAUCACGAGAUGAAACAAGAGAUGCAGAUGCGUCGGGCACGUUAGUCUUAUCAACAUCGUCGCUAGAAAUGCAUUCGCGAUUGCAGAAGAAGAGACAAGGAAACGAAAAGUAUUCAUCAACUCAAUUGCACCGGCGGUUGAAUUCGAGAACGUACUUUUUAAAAAAAAAAAAAAAAAAAUGGAAGGAACGAGGACUCUGUCGCCGGAUCAAUUCUCCACGAGUACGAGGUACAACCGUUAAAAAAAAAGCAAAAGAUAAUAAUAAUAAUAAUAAUAAUAAUACAAAUAAAAUAAUAAAAGUAUAAGACAAUGCAACGACACAUUGUCUAGUCGUAUAGGAAAGUUACGAAACGUAUGUCAAUUGUUAUCCUCAGAUAAGUGUGAGUGCGAUGAGUGCGAAGAGCGGAUGGAUGAGAGCCGAGUACGAUGCUGAGAGAAAAGGAGAGAAAGGAAGGAAGGAAGGAAGUAGAUCUAAAAGAGAGAAUGAUUGGGGGAAAAAGAGAUAAAGAAACCUAAGGCGAAACAGCUGAGGAUGAGGGAGAAAUGUCGAAGGAGGUGUCGUACAGCGUUAUCAACGUUAAAAGGACUCGCGGGAGAUGCCACGAUAGGUUUCAUCAGCGUUUCGGCGAAUGAGUCCCGUAAUUUACAUGCGGUUUCAGUUCGGGUGAAUUCGCCCCCCCCCCCUCCUUCUGAAACGCGCAGUUUCCAAGGGGUAUCCAGGGUGAGAAACGGACGCGAUGAUGCGACGAGAGUGACUAACGUUUCAGGUAUAUGAAAUCCCUCCAAUGCUAGAUCUCAAUUGCUCAGAACAACCUAUCGAUGAAAAACAAAAAAAA